CGUUAAAGCGCCCGCGGGGCAGCGCCUCGGUCCCACCGCGGACCCCGCGCUCCACCACGAUGAUGCUGCAGCUCGUGCUCCUCGCCGCGCUCGCCCUGUGCGGGCGCUGCUCCGAGCUGGAUCUCGAUGGGAUGCAGCGCGUGGUCGGCGGCACCGAGGCGCGCUCGCACGCCUGGCCCUACCAGGUCUCCCUGCAGUAUUACUCCGGGGGCGGCUGGUACCACACGUGCGGGGGCUCCCUCAUCCAGAGGAACUGGGUGAUGACCGCCGCCCACUGCGUCAACAAUAACCUGAACUACCGUGUGGUGGCCGGCGAGCACAACCUCAACGCCAACGAGGGCAGCGAGCAGAUCUUCAGCGUCAGCAAGAUCAUCGUCCAUCCCUACUGGAACAGCAACAACGUGGCCGGCGGCUACGACAUCGCCCUGUUCCGCCUGAACGGCUACGCCUCCCUGAACGGCGCCGUGCAGCUGGCGGUGCUGCCCCAGGAGGGCACCAUCCUGCCCAACAACUACCCCUGCUACAUCACGGGCUGGGGCCUGACCCGCAGCAACGGGCAGCUGUCCAGCGUCCUGCUGCAGGCCUACCUGCCCGUCGUGGACUACCAGACCUGCUCCAGCGCGUCCUACUGGGGCUCCACCGUCAAGAACACCAUGGUGUGCGCCGGCGGCGACGGCGUGCGCUCCGGCUGCCAGGGCGAUUCCGGCGGUCCCCUGCACUGCGCCGUCAAUGGGCAGUACCAGGUGCACGGCGUCACCAGCUUCGUGUCCAGCCAGGGCUGCAACGUCGUCCGCAAACCCACCGUGUUCACCCGCGUCUCCGCCUACGUCUCCUGGAUCAACAGCGUCAUCGCCCAGAACUGAGCGCAGCGGGACCAGCGCUCGCUGCCCCUCGCCCAUGGACAUCCCCUGACUCCCCCCCGCCGCGCUCCGGCCUCCUCGGCCCCGAGCCGGCCGCAAUAAAAUCUCUCCUCCCGUC